AGCGCCGCGCGUUUCGCGAUUUUGAAGUUCAGGGGCAACGCCCCCUGGUCUAGCUCGCUUCCUCACGUGAUGUGAAGUUGGGCAGUUCCAAGCAACUGUCGGUUUCAGACAUCAAGUCGAUUGCUUCUUGACACAUGUCGACUGUGGGCUUUGGUGUGUCCCUCCUGGAAAUUUCUCGUCUUUCCGUCUUGUUUGUCACCGUUUCUGACAUACCGAAGCAAUGUUGUUGGCAGCGCUUUCGGUGGUGCUAGCUGCCUUGUUGGCCUUGCACUUCAUCCAGAAGUCGUAUUUUCCGUACUUUUGGAAGGAUCUGCUGUACUUCACCAGCGUCAUCAAAUACGGAGUGAAAAUUCAACUGUUCAAGCAAAGAGGCAGAGUUGUCAGCGUGCUUGAUGUGUUUGUCCGGCGAGCUCGCACGCAGCCUGACAAGCCCUUUAUCAUCUAUGAGGGAGAGGUGCACAGCUACGGGAACGUGGAGCGGCGCAGCAAUAAGGUGGCCCAGGUGCUGCUUUCCGAGGGCGGCUUGAACAAAGGGGACACGGUAGCCCUCCUGAUGAGCAACGAGCCCGACUUCAUCUGCGUAUGGUUUGGACUCGCCAAGUUGGGCUGUGUGGCGGCCUUUCUUAAUUUCAAUAUUAAGUCCCGGGCAAUCUUACACUGUUUGAGCACUUGUGGGGCGAAGACGUUGAUCGUGGGCGCAGAUCAGACUGGCAUGCUGGAAGACAUUCUCCCAAUACUGCAAGAAGGCAACAUUAAAAUGUAUUUAAUGGCCGCUAAAACUCCACAUCCAUUAGUGAACACACUCUUGGACAAGUUGCAAGAUGCCCCUGCUAAUCCAGUCCCAGAUGAGCUACGAGAAGCCACUUUAAAGUCACCAACUCUCUUUAUCUUUACAUCAGGAACAACAGGCCUUCCAAAAGCAGCAGUGAUUAGCCAGCUUCAGUCUCUGAAAGCUUCAGCUGGGCUUGCUGCAUAUGGUGCCGGCAAAGAUGACAUUAUUUACAUCCCUCUGCCUUUGUAUCACAGUGCGGCAUCACUGAUUGGAAUUGGUGGAUGCAUUGAACUAGGUGCAACCUGUGUUCUGAAGAAAAAGUUUUCAGCCAGCCAGUUCUGGAAUGACUGUAAAAAAUACAAUGUGACUGUGUUUCAGUACAUAGGAGAACUGUGCCGUUACUUGUGCAACCAGACAAAGAAAGAAGGUGAGAAAGACCAUAAGGUAUAUAUGGCUGUAGGUAAUGGCUUGCGGCAGGAUGUCUGGAAAGAGUUCCUUGAGCGCUUUGGGAACAUUAAGAUGUGUGAACUUUAUGGUUCCACAGAAGGAAACCUUUGCUUUAUGAACCACAUUGGAAAAGUCGGAGCUGUAGGCCGCUCUAACUUCUUCUAUAAGUUAUUUUUUCAUUAUGACCUAGUCAAGUAUGAUCUGGAAAAAGAUGAACCUAUUCGUAAUGGCCAGGGAUUUUGUGAACGAGUACAGAAAGGUGAGACUGGUCUGCUGCUCUCUCAGAUUAAUUCUUUGAGCCCAUUUUUUGGAUAUGUGGGAAGCAAAGCAUUAACACAAAAUAAAAUUUUAAGAGAUGUUUUUAGAAAAGGAGAUCUCUUUUUUAACACUGGAGACUUGAUGGCUGAAGAUCACUCAGACUUCAUAUACUUCAAAGACAGGAUUGGUGACACGUUCAGAUGGAAAGGAGAAAAUGUUGCAACAACAGAAGUUGCAGACGUUUUUGGAAUGUUGGAUUUUUUACAGGAGUCCAACGUUUAUGGUGUUUCUGUUCCAGGUUAUGAGGGAAAAACUGGAAUGGCAGCUGUUGUCUUGACCAAAGGUCAUGAAUUUGAUGGGAAGGGCCUGUAUGAUCAUGUGACACAGCAACUUCCAACAUAUGCUCGUCCUCGAUUUGUGAGGAUAUUGGAAUCAAUGGAAGUAACUGGAACCCUGAAGCAAAAGAAGUUUCAAUUAGUGAAGAGUGGAUUCAGUCCCUCGACUAUAAGUGAUCCGUUGUAUUUUUUGGAUGACUCACAGGCAUGUUAUGUGCCUAUGACAAAAGACAUUUUUGACAGUAUUAUUAAUGGUCAAAGAAAGUUAUAGUGGACUUGCUUUUAACAGAAAAAUUGUGUGGCUUGGUAAAGUAUACCUUGUGUUUGUACAGUAAGAAAUACUGUUACUUGGAGAGGAUGCAUAAUGUUAUAUUGUUUAGAUGUGAAGAAACUUAAACAAUUGAGUGAUGUUAAUAAUUAAUAAAGGGCUUCUUUGGAGCUCUACAUAAGGUACAGGUUCAUUAUUAAGGUUCUUGCAAAGUAGACAGCACAAUGAGUGGAGUAACCUUAAACUGCCAAAAGUGUGGCUGAUUAGAUUUCUCUGCCCAUCUCGUGUCUGAUAGAACGACUUGGCUUAACUGCAGUCUAAUUUGCAUCUCCUUGAAUUUUGCUUCCUUAAUUUGAACUCCAUGUGUGUAGUGAAAUGUCAUCUUACCUUUUCUGAUAGAGAAUAAUUCAUUCAUACAGUAUACAGUGAUUGCAAGUUGUCUGCAAUAUUUACA